CCCCUUUGCAUAUUUCCCAAGUCGCACCAUCGAGCGGGAAUUCUCUCUCUAGUUACUUCAUACUGACUUUAAUAGCUACCUUACACACCUACGCAUCCGUUGUACUUUUCUUCUUCCCUCUUCUGCAAGAGACUGGGGCCGACUGGGCUGGUCUGACGCCUACAUACCCAUACCUUACUUACCCACACUCCUGCGACCAUCCGGGCCUCGCUUCUCCCUCCCUCUGCUUCUCCCCUCUCCCGGGGCUGCCCGUUGCAACGACCAUGGCUAUGGAGUCGAUCAACUUCGACAUCAACGAAGCGUUAAAGCACUACAUGAGUGACCCGUCCACCAUCCCCACGCCCGAGGCCGACAGUGCCCUAUUCGAUUGCGAAAACGAGCCCGAGGCCCUCACUAACCAUGUCGUCGACCCGGUCCUCGACCGCAUCGUCGAUGCCGUCGCCGACAACCCCGAGGCCAUUACGCGCCCUUCUGCCAUGGACUCUCUGCAGUUCCUAUUAAAGCACGCUUCCUACCUCCCCACCCAUGCGCUCAGCAAACUCUUCGACCUCGUCAUGUCCGGCCUCUCCGCCGAGGCCGACGCCAUCAACGCCGACCUAGAGACGCCCGACGACCACGAGACCCUCUCUCACCACAAGCAGCUCCUCGAGAUCUACGGCUUCCUGCUACAAUGGACCAUCUCCGCCGUCGAAACCAAAGCCGCCGAGAAGUCUUCCGCCCAGCCCGUGACCCGCGGUCGGGGAAAGCCGAAGAAGAAUGCCCCCAAGGGCCAGGAGGCCACCUGGGAUUCCUCCGCUCAGCUCCAGUCCGCCCUCGAUAUCAUGGUCAAGGUUCUCAGGAUCAAGCUUUCCAAGAUUUUCCUCACCACCUCGGAGCGGGACACCUUCAUCGGCCUGUUGACGCGUCCUGUUUAUAUGGUCUUGGAGAGCGAACAGAGAGUGAAGAAUACAACGAUUCGCAUGUAUGCUUUUAAGGUGCUCUGCACUGCCGUCAAGCAUCACGGGCACGGAUAUGCCGCGCAAAUCAACAUUGUCCAGAACCUGACCUACUUCGAGCAUCUAUCGGAACCCAUGGCCGAGUUCUUGCACAUCCUUGCCGAUAAUUACGAUUACCCCCAGCUUGCCGACGAGAUUCUGCGCGAGCUCAGUAACAAGGAGUUCAACAGUAACGACACCAAGGGGCCCAAGUCGGUGUCCCAGUUUGUCGUCAAGCUCUCCGAGCUGGCGCCUCGGCUGGUCAUCAAGCAGAUGACCAUGCUGGCCAAGCAGCUCGAUAGCGAGUCGUACACUCUCCGCUGCGCCCUCAUCGAAGUUUGCGGCAACAUGGUCGUAUACCUCAGCAAGCAAGAAGAACGGGGAGAGAACCACAAGUCCCAACUGAAUGCCUUCUUCGACGUCCUGGAAGAGCGCUUCCUCGACAUCAACCCCUACAGCCGUUGCAGGACGAUUCAGGUCUACAUCAAGAUGUGCGAACUGGAACAAAAGUUCCCCAAGCGGAGGCAAAGGGCUGCCGAACUGGCCUGCCGCAGCCUCGAGGACAAGAGCAGCAACGUGCGACGCAACGCCAUCAAGCUGCUCGCCACCCUCAUCAAGACGCAUCCCUUCACCGUGAUGCACGGCGCACAGCUUUCGCGCAAGGACUGGCAAGCCCGGCUAGACAAGGUGGACGAGGAGCUCAACUCGCUUAAACCACCGGCCGGCGCGCCGGACCUGGAAGGCAACGCGAACAACACGGUAGACAGUGCGCUCCUGGAUGACCCUACCCAGAUGCCCGAGUCGCCGCAAAAGCAGCAGCAGCCGAUGACGGAAGAACAAAAGAUCGAGGCCGUCCGAAGGGCGCAGGAAGAGGCGGCCACCUCGGAAGCCAUCGAGAAACUCACCUUAACGAAGAGGUAUUACAGCGAAGCGCUCCGCUUCAUCGACGUACUCCACGAAGCCACCGGCAUCAUCUGCCAGCUCCUCGGCUCCAAGAACAAGAGCGAGGUGAUCGAAGCCAUGGACUUCUUCGAGGUCGGGGACGCCUACAACAUUGAGCAGAACAAGGUGGGCAUCCGGCGGAUGCUGCGGCUCAUCUGGACCAAGGGGAACAGCGACGAAGGCAGGGGCGUGCAGACGCACCUCAUCGACACGUAUCGGCGGCUGUUCUUCGAGGCGCCCGACUCGUUCAGCCAGAACGACGCGGCCAACUACGUUGCGCGGAACAUGAUCAGCUUGACGUUCGGGGCCACACCAGCCGAGCUCACGUCGCUGGAGCAGCUCCUGAGCACGAUGAUGAAGGCGGGGAUGAUCCCAGAGCUCGUGGUCACCAAGCUGUGGCAGGUGUACGGCGUGCAGAAGCGGGAGAUCUCGCCCAAGCAGCGACGCGGCGCCAUCAUCGUGCUGGGCAUGCUGGCGACGGCGAGCCCGGAGAUCGUGGUGGGCGAGAUGGAGACGAUGCUUCGCACGGGCCUCGGGGCGCACGGGCGGAGCGACCUCCAGCUGGCCAAGUACACGUGCAUCGCGCUCCAGCGGAUCAAUCCCACGAGCCGGCAGGCCAAGGACUCGGGCGUCAAGUUCUCGCGGCUGCCGAACGACCACGCCGUGCUGGCUAAGCUGGCCGCCAUUACCGAGGUGCCGUCGGAGAGCAAGGAGUGGUACGGCGUCGCGGAGCAGGCGAUCAAUGCGAUUUAUUCCAUCUCCAAGCACCCGGAUAUUCUCUGCUCGGAAAUCAUCCGGAGGAGGGCGAGGCGCGUCUUUGCGCCGCAGUCGAGACCGGUCUCACGGGACGAGACGCAGACGAUGACACAACAGGUAGCAGCAGCAGCAGCAGCAGCACCAGGGGGGGCUGACGGGGAUGGUAGUCAGACGACGUUGGCUGGGCAGCCGGCCCGCAAGCGCGACGCGGCGGUCAACCUUUCCCAGCUCCUGUUCAUCGUGGGACAUGUGGCCAUCAAGCAGAUUGUGCACCUCGAACUCUGCGAGCUCGAUUUCAAGCGGCGCAAGCAGGACCUGGAGAAGGAUAAGAUGGCCAGGUCCGGGUCCGGGUCCGGGUCCGGGUCCGGGUCGGCGGGGCAGCAGAGGUCCAAGGAGGAAGACGAGAAACAAGUGCCCGAGAGCGACGACCUAGACCUGAUCGGCGGCACGACGGAAGACGACUUUACCGACGCCAUGGCGGACAUUCGGGAGCGGGAACUCCUGUACGGAUCCGACUCCCUCCUGGCGCACUUCGGGCCCCUGGUGUCGGAGAUCUGCGCCAACAACACGACGUACGCCGACAAGGGCCUGCAGGCGGCGGCGACUCUCUGCCUGGCGAAGCUGAUGUGCGUGAGCUCGGAGUACUGCGAGGCCAACCUCCCGCUGCUCAUCACGAUCAUGGAGCGGUCGCCGGACCCGACGGUGCGGUCCAACGCGGUGAUCGCGCUGGGCGACAUGGCGGUGUGCUUCAACCACCUGAUCGACGAGAACACGGACUUUUUGUACCGGCGGCUGGCGGACGGCGACGCGUCGGUGAAGCGCACGUGCCUCAUGACGCUGACGUUCUUGAUUCUCGCGGGCCAGGUCAAGGUCAAGGGCCAGCUGGGGGAGAUGGCGAAGUGCAUGGAGGAUCCGGACCGGCGGAUCGCGGACCUGGCGCGGAUGUUCUUCACGGAGCUCAGCACCAAGGACAACGCGGUGUACAACCACUUUGUCGACAUGUUUGGGUUGUUGUCGGCGGAGCGGUCGCUGGGCGAGGAGAGUUUCCGGCGGAUUGUCAAGUUUUUGCUUGGGUUCGUGGAGAAGGACCGGCAUGCGAGGCAGUUGGCGGAUAAGCUGGCGGCGAGGCUGGGGCGGUGCGAGACGGAGAGGCAGUGGAAUGAUGUGGCGUUUGCGCUGGGGUUGUUGCCGCAUAAGAAUGAGGAGAUUGCGAAGGUUGUGGCGGAGGGGUUUAGGGUUGUGCAGGCUUCUGCGUGAGCAGCUGG